AUGGCACCGAGCCUGUCGACCUGUGAGAUGGCGUAUCCUUAUCUCUACCAGGUUCUCUCUACCCACCCCAUCUCAACCAGACAAAAAUCCUGGAUGAUCAAAAAGCUUUCCACGCACCUACCCUAUCUAGCUUAA